UUUCAUUUUUUAAUUAUUUAAUUUUUACCGCAUGAAUAAAAUGAAUCAAAUAAAAUGAAUAAUAAAGGAGCUCCUAUGUGUAGCCAUGAUGAAGAUGUAAAUAUACAAACUAUAUCACAAGAUAAUCAAGAUUCAGAGAAAUCAACAGAAAUUAUUCCUAACUCAAAUGAUGAGAAAGCUGCAGAAUGUAUUAAUUUAGAAACCCCGAAAUCGUUCAGUAUCUCAUCAUCAUUAUCACCACACGUAAAUCAACUACAAAAUAGUACAAAUACAUUAGCCGCACCUCUCUCCUUUGUUUUCUGUAAUAAUUCUUCGGUUAUAACUAAUCAACCUUGUCUUAUGACGAAUUUAUCUUCGCCUAUGGAAAUUAUUUUAAAACCCGGCCAACCACAGUCUUUAUUUUUACAGGCAUUAUCAAAAUUAAACGAAAGUUCUACAAAUGUUUCUGUCCUAAAGUUAGACAACAGAAAAACUACUAAUGAGAUAGAUUUAUCAACAAAUCAAAGGGUGAUUGAAGAUAAUUCCAAAUCACCUGAAUUAUCACCACCAGAUUCACUAUGUAGCGCUCCGCCCUCGUAUUCUUUUGUAUUAAGACAAAUGACAAUUAGAAGACGGCCAAGAAUCAUUAGCACAUUCAUACCUUCUUCUUCUUUCGUUCACCAUACACCUCCACCGCAUUACGCCGCUUCUUUUGAUAUUUUUUUAGAUACUAUUCCCAUCCCAGCUCCUAGAGUCCAUCACUUUGGCUUCACACCCAUGCCAGCGCUGUGCCCUGUCUGCGGUUACACAGGGAUGACUGUAGUAACAACUAAAAUAACAUUAUGUACGCAUUUUUGUGCAAUAAUUUUAUGUUUAUUGUGUUGUUGGAUCUGCGCACCUUUACCGUAUAUUUUGAGAUCAUGUAAAAAUGUGUCCCACUAAUGCAGAAAUUGUAGAAA